UCAUAAUAUCAACAUUUACCGUUCCCCACUAUUAUAAAUACUCCGCACCAUAACAUCUCAUUUGCCCAUCCACAAAGAGAACAAACCAUUAACAUGGGGUUGUGCAAUAUUUCCCUAGUUCUCCUUUGCUCAGCCGUUAUCCAAUCCUCUGACACACAAAACUAUCUCAAUUCCCACAACGCCGCUCGAGCAGCAGUAGGCGUUGUUCCCUUGACGUGGGAUGACAAUGUAGCAGCCUAUGCACAAAAGUACGCCAACCAACAUGUUGGCGACUGCAAUCUCGUGCACUCCGGUGGGCCAUAUGGCGAAAACCUUGCCAUGAGCACUAGUGACAUGUUGGGAACGGCGGCUGUGGACCUGUGGGUGGCGGAGAAAGCCGACUACAUUUAUGAGUCAAACUCGUGUGCUAAUGGAAAGGUGUGUGGGCAUUAUACACAGGUGGUUUGGCGUAACUCGGCUCGUGUAGGGUGCGCAAAAGUGAGGUGCAGCAGUGGGGGUACCUUCAUUGUAUGCAACUAUGAUCCCCCAGGCAACUAUAUUGGGCAGAGGCCGUACUAGCUAUGGAAGAAUCAACAACUCUAGCAGUUUUUGCUGAUGGAUCUAAGAAGAUAAGCUAUGUUAUUAAGAAUUAAGAAAAUGAUUAAGUGAUGAUCGAUCAUUUGUAUAUAUCGAUCAUUUGGUAACUUGCUAGUACAUGCAUGCUACGAUCAAACUUGCAUAAUUAUUUGGCUGAAACGAUGAAUGUUUGCGGAAAACUUCUCAUGGUCAUCUACUACAUAUAUUAAUUAGAAAGAAAUUACUGGCUUAUGACCAAGCAAUUA